AAUGGGACAGUUUAUGGUGCGGCUCCUUGCCUACCGUUUCUCACCUUAACCCUCCCCCAAGAAUGGCUUCGCGGCGGCGAGGAGUAAUCCUGUGCAUCUCUCUUCUCCUGCUCGUCGGCGCCUCUUCCGUCCGCUACGAAGAAGCUAUGGGUGGCUCGAUCCUUCUCUCCGGUGGAUGGGAAAGGGAGGAUGAUGAGCCGUUCGAGUACUCGCGGGACGGGUUGAGCUGCCCCUCCCCGGACCCCACUCUCUACAACUUGCCGGUGAUCGGGAUCGUCAGCCACCCCGGAGAUGGAGCCUCGGGCAGAUUGAGUAACGCCUCCGGCGACUCCAACAUUCCAGCCUCUUACGUCAAGUUCGUCGAGUCAGCGGGUGCCCGCGUCAUCCCUCUCAUCUACAACGAGCCCGAGGAGACACUGAUUGAGAAGCUGAAUUUGGUCAAUGGCGUACUGUUCACCGGAGGAUGGGCCAAGGCAGGACUGUACUAUGAGACGAUUAAAAAGGUUUUCCAGAUAGCUCUGGAAAGAAAUGAUGCCGGUGAACAUUUUCCCUUGUUUGCCAUUUGUUUAGGGUUUGAACUCCUAACCAUGAUUGUCAGCAAGGACCGUGAUAUAUUAGAGAGGUUUCAUGGAGAGAAUCAAGCAUCUUCUCUUUAUUUCCAAGAUUAUUCAGAUGUUCAAAGAUCUGUAUUUGAGCGAUUCCCUAAUGAAUUACUGAGGAAAUUGAGUUCAGAGUGCCUUGCCAUGCAAAAUCAUAAAUUUGGUAUAUCGCCUAAAAAAUUUCAAGGUAAUGCUGCUCUCUCAAGCUUUUUCCAAAUUCUGACAACAUCAAAGGAUGAGUAUGGUAAGGUUUAUGUUUCAACCGUUCAAGCAUAUAAUUAUCCUGUGACCGGCUUUCAGUGGCAUCCAGAGAAAAAUGCUUUUGAGUGGGGAUUGUCAAUGAUUCCCCAUAGCGAGGACGCAGUGCGUGUAACUCAACAUGUUGCCAACUAUUUUAUCAGUGAGGCGAGGAAAUCAUCAAAUAGACCUCCUGCUGAUAAAGUCUUGGACAAUCUCAUAUACAAUUAUAGUCCUACUUAUUGCGGGAGAGCAGGGAGAGGAUACGAUGAAGUCUACAUCUUCAACUUUCCUCAUUCGAGUAUGUAAGUCAUUUUCUAAAGGAAAGGAUAUUAUGAAACACUACACAUGUAUCUAAGAUCGCUUCAUCUUAUGUAACUGGACUCCAAGCUUCCAAUGAUAUUGUGAAUGUUUAUUAUUAAAAAAGUGUUAAAUUUGAACUCGUUAA